AUGCCAGUUGUCACUCUAGGCACCGUUACGGAUAUCAUUGAACUGGCCCGUGUUCUGAAAGAUCUCUACACGGCUCUUGACGAAAUACGCGGCUCGACUGCAGAAUAUCAAGAUGUCGCCGCUGACUUGCGACGGUUCAGUGUCCAUAUGCAAGCCGUAGAAGAAGUGAUUGCGUCUUUCCCAGAGACGGCUAGCCCUCACGCUGUCGCUUUAAAGCAAGACAUCAAGGGUUGGACGGAGCUAGCACGGAAAUGGCAGCUCAAGUUUGGUAAAUACGAGAAAACCCUGGGUACAGAAAAGGGCAAGAUCCUGUCGAAGCGAACUUAUCACAAGGUUGUAUGGUACCUCCGAGGAAGGCCUCGCGUAGCGAAGUUCAGGACAGAGCUUGAGGCCGCACAGGGCGGUGCUUUGCUGCAAUUUAUGGCUAUCAUCGGCUUCGUUCAACGCGGCGACUACAUCAUGUCACUUGUGCUUACGCGGGACCAGGGUGACGAGCUUGAGCGGAUCAUCCGCCCCCCACAGUGGACACUCACGGUAACAGAUGGAGCGGAGUUCACGAUGACCAUAGCGAUGAACGUCCCCACAGGAGAUGUUUGUCCUCGACGUCCUGGCAAUGAGCCGCUGCCACAGCCGCCGGAAGUCGAACAAGAAAGUCUUAACGAUGUAUUGAAAUUCUUCCGACGGCUUCACAUAAAUGUUAUCGGCGAUGGUAGUGAACAUGAAGGCACGAGCGAAUGUGAAGGCGUGAUCGAGCAAGAAGGCGCCACCGAACAUGAAGACGCGACCGUACAUGAAGACGCGAUCGUACAUGAAGACGCGACCGUACAUGAAGGCGUGAUUGAACAUGAAGACACAACCGAACCUGAAGGUGCAACAGAGCCCGACAUAAACGACGAUAGGCCCACCGUAUCAGUGUAUCGCUCGCCGGAUAUCUGGCCAGACCUCAUCAACCGUGCGAAUGGAACACGUACCCUCAUAGAUGCGGAUAACAGUAUCACAACCAACCCUCGGCAAUCUGAGGGGAACCGCCCGCAACUAGCGUUGCCCAGUGCCCUGCGCGGGCGCAAGGCCCUUGCGGGCCUGCUCCUGGGGCCGGGCCAGGCUCAGGCUUGGCUCGGACUGAGCCCCGGGCCUGAUCAUGGUGGUUCGACACAGUCUCCUUCCCGCCGUCUCCGGGAGGUGGAGGGCCUAUCCGAAUACCAAAUGACAUAUAUACCAGCCGUUCCCCGUGCCACACCUCGACCACAAUUCUGUGAUAUCCGAUCAAAUCCUGGACCUCGCUCACAUCCAAACUCCACAAUAUGCUCCCUCCCGCCGUCACCGGGAGGUGGGGGGCCCAUACCAGCCGUUCCCCGCGCCACACCUCAGCCACAAUUCUGUGAUAUCCGCUCAAAUCUCCGUCCACCUUCAAACUCCACGACCUUACUCUCCUCCACCUCCCUGGUACAAAACAUUUGUGAACAACCGGCAUCGGAGGAGAGUCUCCUCGUUCGGGGUAGCGGGCUAUUUGUCGGGUAUUAG